AUGUCACAUGGAUAUCCGAAGGAAGGCUUUAACUUGGUUGGAUCCUGGGACGAUUGGAAAAGCUUCGUGCCGCUGAGCCGCUCUGGGCAGAGCGGGUCCUUCGUGGCCCGCGUGCCGAUACGACGGCCCCCAGGUCUGGAGGAGUUCCAGAUCUUGCAGGGCCAGGAUUGGGCAGCCCGAUACUAUCCCACAGCGCGUGGCGAGGGCGUGGAGGGGCCCGGGAAUGCCCAUGGACGGAACUUUCGGGUCACCCCACUGCCUGCCGACUGCAUGCAGCUGGAGAUCCUGUGGGACGUGCUUGGGCGAAAGGUCACCUGGAAGUUUCUGAAUGCCACAGAGCAGGAGAUACCCGCCGGGGAGAAGAAAGUCGCGGCAAAGAAGGGAGCCAAAGCACGCUCCGAACCGCGCACCCGAACCUCAAAUAGAGGCCCGUUCUUCCUCGUCGGCUCCUGGGACAACUGGAAAGGCUUUGCAGAGUUUCUGCCUUUUGGCGACUCUUUCCGGACAAAGGUGAAGGUUGGCUUGGACAUGAAGCGGGUGGAGUUCCAGGUCGUCGUGGCUCGGGACUGGAACCGGCGCUUCCAUCCCACCUCAUCAGGCGAUGGCCUCGCUGGACCCGAUGUGGGCCAUGGUCUGAACUGGCGAGCUGAGGUUGGCGGGAAGAAGUGGCUGGAGGUCACCUGGAGUCCUGACCGUGCCCCUUACGUAGAAUGGACUUUCCCGGACCCUGCGGAAGCUCACGAAGCGGCGGCAGAGGACUUUGCGGCCAUGCUCCGAGCCCUGGCCAAGGAGGGGAGUGGAUCCUGGUUUCGGGGGAUGGCAGGUAUCUUCGAAGCGCUGCCGAAGUGCCAGCGCUCGUCGCCCUACGGCGGAAAGGCCGAGAACGAAGCCACCGCCAGGUGCUUGCUAGCGACCUUCUUGCGCGACCUGGAGACCAUGGCAGACCCGUUGGGCCCCGCGCCGGGAGCGCAGCGAGGAGCUCUGAAAGAGCUGGAGGAGCAGUGCGAGCAGCUGUUGAAGGACACCGUCGGUGAGAUUGACUAUGCAGCAGCUGGCGGAGACUUCAUGCAGGAAGCUCUCCCAGUGGACCCCGCCACCGGGCCCGUCCAGCUAAAGCUUUGGCACCGCCUCGUGUACCUGCCUCUGGUCAUGUAUGUGCGCAACACGGUGCACCUCUACGAGAUGUUGGAACGGCUCAAGGCCCAGGCCUCCGGUGCCGGCCAGGGCCGGCUGCGUGCGCUGCUGGAUGCGAAGGGGACUGCACGAGAAAGCCCUUACUCCUGGCUGGUUUUCAGCAUAGUGGGCGCCCUGCAAACCCUCUAUCAUGCACGGGCUGCAGCGGAAAAGAGAGGAGGCUGUGAUGCAUUCCCGCUGGAGUUGCUGGCCAGCAGCCCGCCGCAGACCGUUUGGAUCCAGGAUGGCGUGGAGUGGUCGCCAUCCCACGGUUCCCAUGCCGGGGCUUUCCAGCGCAAGCAGGUGGUCAACUGUGAACCCAUGAAGCCCUUGGGUACACUGCGGAAGGGCGAUGGGCUGAUGUACAGAGGCAUCUGGCUGCCGGCUGAUGCAGACGAGGACACCAUCCGCUAUCAGUAUUCCUUCCAGUCCUUCUCCCGGAGCAUUGAAGGUGUCAUGCGGGUACUACGAUUCUACAGUGGCGUCGCAUCCACGAAGGCAGGGGAAGCAGCGAGGGCAGGGCACAUCCUGAUGUACAUCGGUCGGGACUAUGCCUCGUCUCCUUGGGUGACUCCCGUGCAGCUCUUUGACGGACCCAAGCGGAAGGCCGGUGACUCCGAACAAGAGCUGCUUCUGCCACCUUUCAUUGCUUACGAAUUCGAGGAAGAGUACUCUGUUGAUUCAGACAUGGAGUUGCCAGAGAAGCAGAUGCGCAUCGGCGAGCUUGAGGAGAGUUGGGGCGUCCGCCUCCCCGAGCAUCUCACACACUUCGUCUACGGACUCCUGCCUCACCUGAACAACUCACAGGUGUCGUCCCCUGCUGGCGGUUUCCGAGUGUCACUCCGUUUCCUACGCCGUGCAGAGCCGGCAAAAGCCGUGUCGCAGCUGCUUCAGGAUACCACGCAGCUCCUCUACCGGUGGAGUGCGGAGGAAGAAAAAGGGGCCAUGACGAAAGCUUUGAAGCAGGUGGAGGCAGAGUUCUACGACACCUUGCUUCGGCAGCGGGAGCUUCAACGCAAGCAGGAGAACUCCAAGUGCCAUGGCUGUGCGCUGAAGCACACGCACUACGAGCAGCUGGGGGCGCGGAGGUCAUUGGCAGCAGACAUCGAGGACCUGGAUCGCGAACUGGGCGCUGAAUCCCUGGGCCUCCUGCCACAGCUGCGGGCCAAGGAACAGGUGUUGCGGGAUCUCCAAUGCCUGGACGAAGACGGCCUCAUUUCUUUCAAAGGACAGGCUGCAACAGAGGUGCUCUCAGGCGAUGAGAUCACUGUUGCGGAGGUGGUGUUCCGCAACAUUCUGGAAAGCCACACACCGGAAGAAGUGGCAGCAGCCGUCACGGCCUUUGUCUUCCCGGACAAGGUGGAGAUGCCUGAGGACGCAAAGAUGGAGGAGCUGCCGGAGAGCCUGGCCAUGGUUCGGCAGGCGAUGCUGGACCAGCACUACAAGGUGGAGCAGCUUCUCGUGAAGCACCGGGCCCAAUACGACUCCGAGGAGUUUAUGCGCAGCUGCAACGUUGCGCUCAUGGGUACUGCGUACCGAUGGGCCUGCGGAGAGACCUUCGCCAACAUCAUGCAGGAGUCCCCCUUUCAGGAAGGCGCCAUUGUCCGGGCCAUUGUUCGGGCAGAGGAGUUGCUCCGGAAGCUCCAGGAGGUGGCCAAGAUGCUGGGCAACAGCGUCCUGCAGAAUGUUUUCUCGGAAGCAGCUGACUUGAUUCACCGGGACAUCGCGUUCGUACCCUCCCUGUACAUUAAGCAGGCGUGA